AUGGUUACAUGCUCCUCAAUCUUACAGGUGAAUCUAGUGAUGUCCAUCCUGCUGUAUGUGAUGGUCCUCGUGUACCUCUAUGGUAUCCAGGCAACCAACAUGGACAGCAGUCGCCAGGGGCAGCAGCAGCCAAGUCCAGACCCCUUAAACUCUCUUAUCAUCCAGCUGCUUCAGGCAGACCUGACGAGGGGAAAGACCAGAGGGAACCAGAGCCAACAGGGGAAAAGCAGGGACACUGAGCCCCAGGACACGCUGCCUCCUCUCCUCAGUGCAAACUUUCCUUUAGAGGAGCAGGGCGACGUGGAGCAGUGGGGGCCGGACAGUCGCAGUGGUGAAAGCAGUGACGGUGUGGUUGAUCAGCAUGUGAUGCUGUUGAACUCGGACCUACUCAGGCAGCACAAGCGAUAUAACUCACCUCGAGUGCUGCUGAGUGACCGGCCACCACUGCAGCCGCCCCCACUUUACCUCGCAGAUGAUUUUGUGAGCAGCGGACCAGACGGUAGUGCGGCAGGAAACAAGACAAGAAAGAAGCGCUAUGCUGAGCACAAGAGUUAUCGUGGGGAAUAUUCUGUGUGUGACAGCGAGAGCCAGUGGGUGACGGAGAAAACCCAAGCGGUGGACACCAGGGGGGACGCAGUCACUGUUCUGGCCAGAAUUAGCACCAGUGCCACACAGAACAUCAAACAGUACUUUUAUGAGACACGCUGUCGGUCCCCCAGGCCCACCAAGGGUGGCUGCAGGGGCAUCGACAACAAGAACUGGAACUCGCAGUGUAAGACGACGCAGACGUACGUCCGAGCGCUGACGGAGGUUCGCAAUGCAGUGGGCUGGAGGUGGAUACGCAUAGACACUUCCUGCGUCUGCGCAUUGUCGAAGAAACGUCAUAGGACGUAA